GUCUCAUUAAUGAUCCAGAGCUGUGCGCGGAUCAGGAGGCUGACACGUCCAAGUUUCAGUCAGCUGAUCGAAAACUGCAACAGGUAAUACAACGAGCUAGAGGGGAAGAAGAUCGUAUUGGCUGAGGAUUUUCCCCCCUGAAUUAAAUAAACACAGUUGAGACUUUCGCAGAGCACGAGGACCGUCAUUUUUAUCAGGAGGAUUAAACUUGCUUUGGAGGGCAAUCCGGCGUCAACGCCAUGGAAGUCGCAGCGGCUGAUCAGUCCCGGUGGAUGGCGCACCACCACGCCGUGCUGAACGGCCAGCACCCGGACUCGCAUCAUCACGGUCUGAGCCACAACUAUAUGGAGCCCAUGGCUCCUUUACUGCCGCAAGACGAAGUAGACAUGUUUCUGAACCAUUUGGACUCUCAGGGGAACCCGUACUACACCAACUCUCGGGCCAGGGUCACCUACAGCCAAGCGCACGCUCGCCUCACUGGAAAUCAGGUCUGCCGACCGCACCUCAUCCACAGCCCCGGUAUCCCUUGGCUGGACCCCGGGAAGGCAGCCCUGUCCGCUGCCCACCACCAUAACGCUUGGGCGGUGAGUCACUUCAGCAAACCCGGCCUGCACCCGACCAGCUCCGGCUACCCUUGUAGCAGCAACACCGGCACGGCUCCAGUGUCCUCGCUCACUCCGGCGACCCAUUCGAGCCCGCACCUCUACAGUUUUCCCCCUACCCCGCCCAAAGACGUGUCUCCGGACCCCGGGCCCACUUCGCCCACCUCCACAUCCACUAGAAUGGACGAAAAAGAGUCGCUCAAGUACCAAGUACAAUUGACAGACGGCAUGAAGAUGGAGAGUUGCAGCCCUCUGCGCGGCGGCCUUGCCUCGAUGAACAGUCAGGGCCCAGCCACGCAUCACCCCAUUCCCACGUACCCGGCCUACCCUCUGCACACACCCCACGAGUACAGCGGCAGUCUGUUCCAUCCCGGCAGCCUGCUCGGUUCGUCGUCCAGCUUUACGCCCAAGUGUAAAAGCAAAGCCCGCUCGAGCUCAGAAUUAUAUGCAGAGGGCCGUGAAUGUGUAAACUGUGGCGCCACGUCCACCCCUCUGUGGCGACGGGACGGUACGGGCCACUACCUGUGCAACGCCUGCGGAUUGUAUCAUAAGAUGAACGGCCAGAACCGACCGCUCAUCAAACCAAAACGUAGACUGUCAGCUGCUCGACGUGCAGGCACCUGCUGUGCAAACUGCCAGACCACCACUACGACCCUAUGGAGGCGCAAUGGCAAUGGAGACCCAGUGUGCAAUGCCUGCGGCCUUUACUUUAAACUGCACAACGUCAACAGACCACUGACGAUGAAGAAAGAAGGCAUCCAGACGCGUAACCGCAAGAUGUCGAGCAAGUCCAAGAGGAACAAGCGCUCCAGCGACGGCUUCGAAGAGCUAACCAAGUGCAUGCAGGACAAGGCCUCACCCUUUGGUGCUGCCCCUGGCCUCACAAGCCACAUGACCCACAUGGGUCACUUACCCCCUUUCAGUCACUCGGGACACAUGCUGCCGACUCCCACGCCCAUUCACCCUUCAUUCGGGCCCCCCCACCACACCAACCGCUCGCCGGUUUGGGCAGAGCCUCACUGAACUUCUUUCCCUGUCUGAGCCACCAUGUUGCCAUUAACAUUGAAGGCCCUCCCUCCCUCAAAAUACGCCGGAAGCUGAGCAGACUCGACAUGCCAUGAAUGCGGUUUAAGCCGAGCAGCGCAGAGCUCAGUUGGACUAUUUGAGUCGGACCUGGCGGAUGGAAAAAUAUAGAAAGCAGGGCCGACUGCGGGGCGCGCAGUGUAUUCUCAGUGGCUGAGGAUUGCAGGACUGGAGAGAAUGUUGACGCUUGUCCAUCUUUCCGCUCACUCAAGUCACUCUGGUACCCACUUCAACUCUCAUGAGAGGUCUUAAAAAGUUGUCGCUACACCCCAUCUCCUUAUAUUCUGACAUAUGAGCACCCACUCAAGCCCUUCAGACACUUCGGUGCUGGAAUUGAAGGCCUGCCUGGACACAAGCAGCAACAGACUAUAGGGUCAGACUGCAGAAAACACGUAAAACUGUGCUCUCCUCACAUGCUGGACACAAUGUUAAUCAGUUUUUAAUAAUGGCCUUUUAUGGAGUGGAGCAGUAAAUAGAGUGUUUAUAAAUGCUUAAUUGCUAUUAUGGUUGUUAUAUUUGAUGUUAUAAUUAUUGCUACAAUAAUUUAUUUUCACUUUUCAAGCUUUUGUCAAAGAGUAUGGAAAAUGUUCUGAGUUUGAUUUCAUGGUUAUGGCGCAAAGGAAAACACUGACUUAUGGAUAAAAAAUUCCCCGAGCUGUACGUUUUUAUCAUUUUUCCAUUGCACAAAUCGUGAAGAAAAUAAAGUUUAAUACUUAUGUCACUGCUUCUUAAA